GCGGAAUCAAGUCAAACUCUACAGCCACUCGAAUCCUCCGCUUGCAGGGGUCGACCGUUGACCGUGUCAGCCGUUAUCGUGACAGUACACUCAGUCCAGUCAACUGCAGAGAAAAAGACGUUCCUCAAGAGGGCGAGGAAGGAUGCACCGCGGAAGGCAGCCGAAGCUCCCGAGACAUCCGAUGGCGGAGAGCAGCCGUCGCGCUCGCGUCAAGACGAAAUGCAUCUGGCUAGUGUGAUUAGUCAGUCGUAAGCUCAACGCCGCAUAUGCACGCCUAAGUAUCAAGUCACUUAUCUUCGUCUUAAUGACGUUCAGGCCUCCAUCUCGCACGAAUUGUGAGCUCAGAGUUGCAAGAACCUGACCUCUCCCUCAAUCUAUUGCGGAUGUUGCAUUGAUUUUCCGUCGUGCACGGGCUUCGUUCCUUAUUUUGAAUACAUACCCGCAAUCACGCAUCCCGCCGCUGCGAUGCCUGUUACCGAAAUCGCUCUUUGUCGGAUGUCGGCAGAUGUAACGAUGGACGACCCGGAACUUCGGUCGAAGCUGGCGCACGCGAGGGCAGUCAUGGAAAACUUUACCCAACGACAAUUCUACCUUCUUCAACAGGUUGAAGACCCAACAUGUUUUUACAUUAUCGGCGAAUGGGACUCGGUCGACCAACACGUAAACGAAUUCAUACCCGGAUCAGAAAAUCAAGCGAUUCUAGAGAGUCUCAAGGACUUGAUGACGCUGGAGUGGCUACUACACCUCGAUGUGCCACAUGCCGACCUGCCGUUACCCAAGACAGAUGCUGAGCGGGAAAAGAUAAUCCACGGAGGAAUGCUGCUCUGCAUCAUGCGAACUUUUAUUGCAGCGGGCAAAAAGGACCGGUACCAAGACAUCCUCGAGGUCAAUAACCCUAUUAUGCAACAACACGUUACUGGGGGUAAGAUUGGGAAUGGAUGGCGUAUAGACAAAUGGUUGGAUAAGGACGAAAGUUUUCUUUUCAUACCCUGGGAAUCUAGUGAGCAAUAUCUCGAGUUCAAGGCCUCAUGGAAUUUGUCAUCAUUUGCAGACUUCCAACAGUAUGUCAACGGCGUUGAAUUUAAACACGCCAGAAUACUCGACAUAUGAAUGUCGCGAUCGUAAUACAUAUCUAUUCAUCUCAAGCAACGCAGUGGAAGCUGACCAUAUGCCAG